AAGUGAGUAGAGACAGAGAGGCGAGAGACGUUGACGUAGCGAUCAGCUGUCAUGGCAGUCACGAUUCUGGCCGAGUAAGAGGGACCAAGUUUUGUUAAGAAAUAAUUCUUCGGUGCGCCGUACCAGAAGAUGUUAGUCGACACGACGAUUCUUUAACGCGCUCGAUAGCUUGAUCGUAAAAAAUGUUUUGUACUUUUUGGAGUAAGCUUCGUGACCGGUCCCGCGGGUUUCUUUACUUAACAAUAAAUUGAGACCUGAAUUAUUUAUGUGAAAGAUCGAAACAUAAAGAUAAAUUUAAUGAUCCCAUGGAUGCGUGAUCAAAUAGCAGAGGCCUGGCAUAACAGAAAGAGUUCAAGGGCAGCUGACAAGCGGUCCUUGGCCCUUUCUUCUGCCAGCACAGGCAAUCCUGCAGGCAGUAACACCAUGCUUACGCCGUUACCUACCUCACCCGAAAACUUUUCCAUCAAUGUCAUCAGCAUAGAGGGAAAUGUAUUGGAUGUCACAGUGAAACCAAACUUUACCGUGGAAAACAUUAAGAAAAUUGCAGUGGUACAUUUCUAUGGUCGAGACGCAACCAAACCAAUAUCACGCUAUCGCCUGGUUCAUUCAUCCAAAUUUAAACAGCUUGCAGAUGAAAAUUAUAUAGACGACGAGGAUAUCAAUGAAUGUGAUGAAUUGUUAUUAGUAGAAACACGAUCAUCCACCGUACAAGAGAAUCUUUCGGAUGAAGCUCUUAAAGGUCCAAGUCUAGAAGCAAUAGCUCGAGCUACAAGUAAUCUACCCAGUCUACGAGAUGCACCCAAGUCUGUGCCAUCUACAGAAUGCCCUGCGGAUUUCCAGAAUGAAAUUCGUAAGAUUUUAAUAACUCUCGUGCAAGCGUCUGCAAAGAUCUUAAUGUAUAGUCCCGAUGCUGAAAAAUUAUAUGACGUCAUUAAAGAGAAACUCGAAGCUAGGUGCAAGCCCAUUAAUGAUCCGAAAGUCGUAAAAACUCUUAUAGAAAUGGGUUAUCCUCACAAGAAAGUUCUCAAGGCGUUACGUCUUCGAAAGUCGAACAUGACAGAAGCUUUAGAAUGGCUUAUAGAACAUCAGGAUGAUUCAGAUGACGAAGAAGAAGAAGAUUUCUUGUCCGUAGAUACAACGACAGACACAAACAUUGCAAGUCCUAGUUCCUCAAUGGGCGUUAAGAAAAAAUUGUCAAAAGAUGCGUGCCUGGAACUGUUCGAAAUAGGAAAACAGGUUCAAGAAGAAAAAAAUCUGGUUCAUAUCGUAGAAUUAUUAUUGCAAAGUUUUCGACAAUAUAAGAAAAUGGAAUUUAAACCUAAUAAGAGAGCAAUGCGGUCGCUUGUAGAAAUGGGCUUUGAUGAGAAGAACGUAAUAGGAGCGCUGAAAAUUACUGGAAACGAUCAGGCUAAUGCAUGUGAGUGGUUGCUAGGCGAGAGAAGACGUAGUCUACAGGACUUGGACGAGGGUCUCGAAUCCGAUGGUCUAAUUUAUAAAGCAAUUAUGAGCAAUCCUCAUGUUCAGCUUAGUCUCACGAAACCCAAGAUGUUACUCGCAUAUUUAUCAAUGAUAGAAACACCCGCCUCAGCAAAUGUAUGGAUUAACGACCCUGAAAUUUCACCUGUGCUUAGCCAAAUAUCCAAGACAUAUCACACGGAAAAACAUGCCAUCCAUAUGAAUCGUUAUACCUAGUACUACGGUGUAAUUUAUUUGAGUCUCUGUGAAACAUUCAUAUUUUUAUAUAAAUUUACAAAUAAUUUUCGCAGA